AUGGUAAGCAUCACUCUCUGUUGCAUAAGCAAUCAUCUAGUGCCCAUGCUACUAGUCAUAACAAUCCUCAGUCUAGCGCCCAUGCUAGGCACUUAUUAUAAUCCUUACUCUAGCGCCCAUGCUAACACUCAAAAUAUUUCUCACUCUAGCGCCCAUGCUAACACUCAAAAUAUUUCUAUACCUAGCGCCCAUGCUAACAUUCACACUAACAAAAACACUAGGAGUGAAGACUCUUCUAUUCAACCAUAUGAAGGUACUAAUUUUCCUAACCCAAAUAACCACUCUCAAAACUUAUAUUGUUCUAAUACAAACCAGGAUACUUUUGUCCUACUUUCCACCGCCUUUAUCGAAGUCCUUGACAAAAACCAUAAGCCUAUAAAAUGCAAGGCAAUUCCCGACAAUGGGAGCCAAUCCAAUUUUAUAACUAGGGACUUAUUCCAAAAAUUAAACUUACCCUUUCAAACUAUUAAAAUGUUCGUCUCAGGAAUAAGCGAAAAUUGUACCAAUAUUUCAAAGCGUACCGAACUAAAAAUAAAAUCAAUACAUGGUAGUUUUUCUCUCAAUAUACCAGCCUUGGUAAUUAAUAAAAUAACUGAAAAACUUCCACCUUUCUCCUUAAAUGCUUCAAACUUGACAUUACCAGCCAAUAUUCAAUUAGCCGACCCUGAAUUUUUCAAACCUGCCGAAAUAGAUAUACUUCUAGGCGCCAGUGUUUUUUAUGAUCUUCUUAAUGCAAGCCAAAUCAAAUUGGGAAAAAAUAAUCCUGUCCUUCAAGAUACCAAACUAGAAUGGCUAGUAAGUGGCCCUAUUAACUUACUGCCUUCAAAUCCUCAGCAUACAAACUCUUUAAAAUGCACUGAUCUUAACAAUGAUCUUCAAAAUAGCUUGCAACUCUUUUGGAACUCUCAGGAAACUACUGAGCAAAUGCCCAAAACCCAAUACUCACUUGAGGAUACCGAAUGUGAAAACCAUUUCAAGGCCACCACCCGUCGUGAUUCUUUUGGAAAAUUUAUUGUAAGCCUUCCUCUCAAAACAAAUGUGUCUAAGCUUGGAGACUCUUUCCAAAUAGCCCUAAAGCGUUUUUACAACCUCGAACAAAAGCUUAAUAAAAAUCCCAAUCUAAAGCAAUCCUAUUGUGACUUCAUCUCUGAAUAUAAGACCCUCGGACAUAUGUCUGAAAUCGUCUCCAAUAGCAUUGAAAACCCCCUUUCGUAUCCUCCAUAUUAUUUGCCGCACCAUUGCGUAGAAAAGAGUGAUAGCCUUACUACCCGCCUCAGGGUGGUCUUUGAUGGUUCAGCCUCUUCCUCUUCUGGAAUAUCGAUUAAUGAUUGCCUAAAAAUUGGAUCCACUGUCCAGAAUGAUUUCGUAUUAACGGGAGAUAUCGCCAAGAUGUAUCGACAGUUUAUGAUCGAACCUAACCAACGCUGUCUUCAACGAAUUCUAUGGCGUGACAACCUUCAAGAAAAUAUAAUUCAUUUUGAGUUAAACACAGUCACUUAUGGCAUGUCAAGUAGUGCAUUUUUAGCCACACGGUGCCUUGGCCAAAUUUCCAGUGAUAUUCAAGAUUCUCAUCCUGUAGAAAGUCAAGUAAUAAAAUAUGAUACUUACGUUGAUAAUAUAAUCACCGGCGCCUCCGAUGAAGAAGCUCUUUUAAAUAACCUCAUAGAAAUAAUCAAGUUAUACGGUCUUGACUUAAGAAAAUUUUCUUCAAAUAGCCAAUUUAUUUUGUCAGAUCUAACGGAACCUUCUGCUCAAUUAAAAACCCUAAUUCUUGACGAUUCUCAAAGCCAUAAAACUUUAGCUAUAUCUUGGAAUUCAAAACAAGAUACUUUUUUCUAUGAUUCUCAGAUUGAUCUCCAUCCUAAAUAUGUAACCAAACGUGUCAUACUUUCUCGUAUCUCUCAAGUUUUUGACCCCCUUGGUUUUUUAGGCCCCAUGGUUCUACAAGUCAAAAUUCUCCUACAAAAAUUAUGGCUAUUAAAAAUAGACUGGGACGAUCCAGUACCCACAAACAUCCUCCACAUAUGGAAAAAUGUCACUUACCACUUAUCACAAAUAAAUUAUUUUGAAAUUCCCCGCCAAGUCACUAUAAAAAAUUUUGUUCUUCUUGAAUUUCACGGGUUUUGUGACUCUUCUAUUAAUGCUUUCGGCGCCUGUAUAUAUGUCCGAUCCACAGAUUAUUUUGGCAAUAUUGCUGUUAACCUGUUAGUUUCUAAAAGCCGCGUAGCCCCCUUAAAGGCCGUAAGCCUAUCGCGCCUUGAGCUAUGCGGAGCCCUGCUUUUAUCUCGACUUAUGAAAAAGGUCCUCAAAGCUUUUAACUUUCAACCAAACAAAAUUUGCUAUUAUCCUGAUUCAACUGUUGUCCUCUGUUGGCUUUCUUUAGAACCUAGGCAAUUAAAAUCAUACGUUUGCAACAGAGUGUCAGAAAUACAACAACUCACUGACACAAACUCCUGGUUCAUAUAG